AUGAAGAUGAUAAGUGGUCUGGACGAGGACAGCUUCGUUGCCUGCUGUCGUCUUGUGUUGCAGAAGUCGGAGGAGCUGAGAGACGGCUGGCGCUGGGAGCAGGGAUCAGAGGGAUAUCUGAGAAAAACUGUUCUACACUCAGUGUCCAUACAAGAAGCAGAGAACUCUGAGCGGGAAAUCGCACACAAGGAAUGCCAGAGCUCUGAGGCCGUUCUCCUCGACGAUGAAGAUGAUGAUAAUGUCGCCGGGGCUAACUGUCCUGCAGACCCCCCCCUCUGGGUCCAUUCAGAAUUCCAUGUGCUUUUCUCCAGCAGCUACAGGACUCCAGUGAUGUUCUUCAGGAGCAACACUCUGGAGGGGCGGGCCUUGUCACUGGAUGCCAUGUGGAGCUUCAUCAAACCAAAGCUGAAGUCUUCAUCAGAGGAGGAUCUUUUGUCCACGGUCACUCAGCAGGAGCACCCUCUGCUGGGACAGACGUUCUUCAUGUUACAUCCCUGUAAAACAAACACCUUCAUGAGACCAGUGCUGCAGGCGGCUCAGAGAGAGAACAGAGCAGUGAACUAUGUGCUGACGUGGCUCAGCGUGGUGGGACCUCUGGUAGAUCUCUUCCCAAUUCUCUUGUGUUCAAGGACACGGGCCAGUGUGUCAGAACGACUCGGCUUCCAACCUACCUUGUGA